AGUAAAUAGAUUGCAAUGGCAAAAGGAAGAUAUCCGUUUAGAAGAACGGUAGAAUUUUUAUCUAGUGGUAAAAUUGUGCUAAAACCAAAUGUGAAGAUUGUAUUACUUUCUUAUUCUCACAAAGAAAACAGCAAAGGCAUCAGGAAUUUCAUAUUUAAAGAUGUCCCUCAGCUCCAGUACAAGAACCCUAACGUUCAAUUUGUAACCAAUAAAAGUGAAGGAAAAUUAUCUCCCAGGAUAGAUGUCUUUUUUGAUAAAAAUGAACACAUUAACAUAGAUGUCCACAAUUCGAAAGCUAGUGAGAUAUUUUCAAAGUUUGAAAUGGUUGCUGCAGCAUCUGAAAGUGAGAUUAAGGAAAUUGUUGGAAAGCCACCAAAAUAUCCAGCAAGAUUGAAUCCUAGUAACUUUGGAAAGUUUGGUCAUAUUUACUGUAUAUGUGAGAAACCAGGUCAAGUUGGAUGUCCAUCAAGAACUUCUUUACCAGAUGCAAAUAAACCAAAAUGGUGGCAAGUUAGAAAUGAACAAAAUAACUGAAAGAUGCAUCUAUUUAUAUAAUAAAUGUUGUAUUAGUAUAUUAUGAACUUUCAAAUUAUUUAACUAUAGGUAAUGUCAUGCAAUAAUGUAUUGUUUUCAUUCUACAUAAGGUGAAAUUCGUUCAAAUUUUUUCUUCCGUUUCUUUUGCUAAGAAUGGGUUUUGUUUAUCAAAUGCUCACAACUUUGCUUGCAAGACUUAAUGCAAAACUUGAGCAUUUAUAAUAAUCAUGUAUUUCAUAUUGUUUGUGUCAAAAUUCGUUUUUGAUCUUAUAAAGGAGUGUAUUCUUUCUUAUUGGUGAUAUAUGUAUCUACACUAAAUACAGCUUUAAUGGUGAUAUAUAUUAUGAAUUUAAUAGUCA